CGUGCGCGUCUGGUGCGACGGAUGCUACGACAUGGUGCACUACGGCCACUCGAACCAGCUGCGCCAGGCGCGCGCCAUGGGCGACUACCUCAUCGUCGGCGUGCACACGGACGAGGAAAUUGCCAAGCACAAGGGUCCCCCCGUCUUUACGCAGGAGGAGAGGUACAAAAUGGUGCAAGCCAUCAAGUGGGUGGAUGAGAUUGCUCCAGGAGCUCCCUAUGUCACCACACUGGAAACCUUGGAUAAAUACAACUGUGACUUCUGUGUGCAUGGCGAUGACAUCACGCUAACGAUAGAUGGCAAGGAUACCUACGAAGAGGUGAAGGCAGCUGGACGAUACAGGGAAUGCAAACGCACCCAGGGUGUGUCCACUACUGACCUGGUUGGCCGCAUGCUGCUCAUGACUAAGGCGCAUCACAGCAACAUAGAUGAGGACCUAGACUAUAGGAAACACACUGACAACUUUGGGAAGGGCCCAAAAGGCCGCAGUCCCUGGACGGGAGUCUCCCAGUUCCUCCAGACAUCUCAGAAGAUAAUCCAGUUUGCAUCUGGGAAGGAGCCGCAGCCGGGAGACACCAUCAUCUACGUGGCUGGAGCCUUCGACCUCUUCCAUAUUGGACAUGUGGAUUUCCUGGAGAAGGUUCACCAGCUGGCGGAAAGACCCUACAUCAUUGCUGGGCUGCACUUUGACCAGGAAGUAAACCGUUACAAAGGGAAGAACUAUCCCAUCAUGAACAUCCACGAAAGAACGCUCAGUGUCUUAGCCUGUAGGUAUGUCUCAGAAGUGGUGAUUGGAGCCCCCUACGCUGUCACUGCUGAUCUGCUGGAUCACUUCAGGGUAACGCUUGUGUGCCACGGGAUGACUGAGGUGGUGCCAGACAAGGAUGGUUCUGAUCCGUACGAGGAACCAAAGAGACGUGGUGUUUUCCAGCUAGUGGACAGUGGCAACAAUCUCACCACAGACUUGAUUGUGCAAAGAAUCAUCAAGAACAGGCUGGAAUUUGAAGCUAGGAACCAGAAGAAGGAAGCAAAAGAGCUGGCUGUAUUGGAGGCUAUGAAGAGACUGGAAGAAGAGAAGCACUAGGCCAGCAGGGAACUGAUAUCUGGGUUGCAAAAUGCUGUAGCCUUACCCUCCUCUGGAGGAGCAAAGAGCUUUUCCAACAGGAGUCCUAAACAAGGAUGCUGCUGCUGGCAUGCACAGGAUGUGUUAUCCACCCUUAUCUGUCCUAGCUCCUCUUGCACUAAUUAUACAGAUGUAAUGGGUUGGGAUCCUGAUGCCUAGUUUUUCCCUCCAUUGAUCAGCCCCUGUUCCCUUUCCCAAGAGGAGAUUUGAAGAAGAGAAAAUGGUUUUAAUUCUAACUAAUGUUUUAACAUGUUGAUGUGCUUUUACCUUCUGACAUUUCUGGCUUUUAGUAGAGGGGAAGUGGAACAGCACCUUGGGCCCCUUCCGUCCUGUUCCAGGCUCUGCUGUCCUGGUUGGGGUCUGUGUUUCCAAACAGCCCAUCGGUUCAUGCUGGGGGCUGCUUUACAGACUGGAGACAACAACCUUCCCAGGGAAGAGGAUGCGCCGCCCCAAAUUCCUCCUAUGAGCAGGUUAGGGAUGUUAGGGGUCAGUGUGACGGCUCCUGGAGAUGCUGACUGUGUCCUGUGCUGUAAUAUUCGUGUGUUGACUCUUCUCUGUUGCCGCGUCUGCACAAACGCCAGACAAGGCUACUCCUGGUCUAACUGGAUAAAGGUUUUCUCCAGCUCUGACGGGUGCAUCGUUUGUUUCCCUGUGAUCGGCACAGCUUGCUGUCCGCCAAAGGGUGAGUGGGGCCAAGGGGAGUGCACCUUCCUGGUGCAGCGUGGAGGAGUUUCUGCGUGUGAGGAAUGGGAAUGUUGCGAGGGAAAAGGGGACAAAUUGUCUUCUUGCUGUAAGAUCUUCAGGAGACCCAGUUCU